AUGGGCAAGUUCAUGCUCCUUCUCCUACUGCUGGGGGCUUUGACUCUUGUGUUCUUCCAAGCUCAAGCAAGAAUAUGUAUGACCUGCAGCAUGUUUAUGAAUGGCAAAUGUGUAGCAGGUGAGGGUAAAUGUACCAUGGAGGAAGAUGGCGCGUGCUCAACCAGGGAUAUCUAUCUCUUCAGUGGAAGAGAUGGGUUUCUCUACAACCACACUGUGUUGGAGUGCUCUAAACCAUGUCAGGCUUCAACGGAGAGCUAUUUUCAUCUGAAAAUGUCAAGCUUUUGUUGCCAAAGUCAAGAUUUUUGUAAUAGAUAUAAGGGAAAGAUAGUGAACGAGUAUGCUAACUGA